CAUCGCACUUGGCAACCUAUACGUACACAUUCCUAUAUAUAGUACUCAUAGCGACUACUUGUCACACACCAACGCGUCGGAGAACGUCACACCAUAACCCAAGGUAACGGGGAAGGCAGGUGACAGGGAGAGAGGUUGGAGACAAGACGAAAGAAGAGAAAAGAAAAAAGGGAGGAAGGGACAGGCGCCAGAUAGGUAAGCAACAGCUCGCACAGCUGAUAGCAACAAUGGUGACAGCCAAGGUGUGGACACUGGCAAGGCAGCCCAAGGGAGAACCCACACGAGAUGACUUUGCUUGCAAAGAAGAGGUGCUGCCACUGUGUGAGGAUGGAGAUGUGAUUGUAGAGGCAGUGUGCCUGAGUGUGGAUCCCUACAUGCGGUUCAAACUUUGCAGCAUUUCCCUCAAUGCCACCAUGAUGGGUGAGCAGAUAGCCAGGGUUAUAGAAAGCAAGAACUCAGAAUGGCCUGUGGGAUCACACAUGUUGGUUUAUGUGGGCUGGAGGACACACACGUACCUCUCUUAUACUGAUCUACGGGAUACUGACAAGAGUGUGCAACAACUUCCAGAUCUUGGGACGCUACCCAAGAGCCUGGGUCUUGGUAUACUGGGAAUGCCUGGGAACACUGCUUACUUGGCCUUCCUUGAAGUGAUGCACCCAAAGCCAGGUGAAACAGUUGUGGUAAAUGCUGCAGCUGGCGCUGUGGGCAGCAUAGUAGUGCAACUUGCCAAACUUGCAGGGUGUAAGGUGGUUGCCUUUGCUGGCUCAGAUGAAAAAGUGGCUUGGCUAAAGGAAGUUGGCAUUAACCAUGCUUUUAACUAUAAGACUGUCAAAGUGGGUGAUACACUGGCCCAGGUAGCACCAGAGAACAUCAAUAUUUACUUUGAUAAUGUUGGUGGGAAAUUCACCAGUGAGGUCCUGCCACACAUGGCAACCCAUGGGCGAAUGCUAGUGUGUGGUGUCAUCUCCAGCUACAAUGAUGAUAUGAUGUCUUCUGCAGUCAUCAGUCCCUUGAGUGAAUACAUGGUUAUGCGUAAAGAGUUAAUCAUUAAGGGAUUCGUCAUCUACAGCUGGAAGCACCGCUGGGAGAGCAGCUUUAGGCAAAUGAAGAAGUGGGUGGAUGAGGGAAAGAUCCAGUACCAUGAAACAGUGGUGCAAGGCUUCAGCAACAUGCCAUAUGCUUUCAUUGGUCUCUUCCGUGGAGCCAACACUGGGAAAGUUGUGGUUGUGCCAUAGAAGCUCUGAGACACUUUCCUCAUGUUUCUUAUGGUCUUCAAAACUCCUGUUGAACAACACAUGGUCUUUAUUACUCAUAUAUGCUUGCCUUCUACCAUUCAUGAUAUUAUUUAAACCAUUUUUAGCCUCUUGUACAAAGGGAUAUUACACACACACACACACACACACACACAACACCAUGGAGAGAUGUCCCCCCACAGCACUUGGUUCCAAAUAUUUUCAUGGGAACUUCAUAAGAGCCUGGUUUGUCAUGUACAGGGAAAGGAGAGAAAGAAAAAAGUGCUGUCGAUGUGGCAAAAAAGGUGUCUGGUAAGAGACUGAAUGAGAAAUAACAAUCAUGGCCGAACAGUCUUGUCCAAGAGACUUGUUGCUUGUGCAUUCUCUGGAUUUAAAAAGAAUGACGAUCCUUUUCAUCUUCCUUUUAACUAGUAACAGCAUCCUCCUCACCACAGACACCCAAAAAGCCUAAUGCCUUGCCUUCCACAUCCACACAACAUUUGGCACCUCCAACCUUGUACCCACCCCCACCAUACCUUCUUCACACACCAGCCACACAAUAGUCAUGGCUAUCACUCCCCAGGAGCUUUCCUCGAUUUUGCAGUCACUGUCUGCUGGUAAGGCCAUCAGAGUGAACAACAUCCCCAAUGAGUUCUCCUGAUGCCUCCCAGAUUCUCUAGCCUGCCUCCUCCUGAAUAUCUUCACUGCCAGCUGGCUGUCGGGGAUGUUCCCUUCAGUGUGGCAGCAUGCUGUCACACUUCCUAUCCCCAAGCCUAGCAAGGAGCCUUCAGAGACUUCCUCAUACAGGCCCAUUAGCCUUCUGUCCAACCUUGGGAAAAUACUAGAACACAUUGUACAAGACAGACUGACAUGGUGGUUGGAAAAUUAACACCUUCCUACACACAUAUACAGAUUUCAUCCCAACAGGGGCACUCUGGAUGCCCUGCUUUAUCUGUAGCAGCACAUCCAGGAAGGAUUUAACAACAAGCAGUUCAUUUUAGUAGCCUUUCUUCAUCUUAAAGGAGCUUUUGAUCCUGCUUCACACAAUGCUAAUUUUGUAAAACUUGACCUCCUGAGAUUUAGAGGGUACCCCCUUAACCCAUAAACUGUGACAUACAUCAAAUGAUAAACAGCGUGUAACUGAGACUUACAUCAUGUCGUGUGAAGGCUAUUUUUAAACUUGGCGGCCUAUAUUUCACUCCCAUAUGUCUUGAAAUGCCAUUUGGCAACUCAGGAUGAGUGAAUCCUCUCUCUCUCUCUCUCUCUCUCUCUCUCUCUCUCUCUCUCUCUCUCUCUCUCUCUCUCUCUCUCUCUCUCUCUUCCAUGUGUGUGUUUGCACACAUAUGUCAGUGUGAUGGUGUGCAGAUGCAAACAGAAAGACAAGUACUGAUUGACUGACUAUUGUCAGCACACUGUCAUAAUAGGCACUGAUGUUAACAUUCACUGAUAUAAAUCAACUUUUCCAUGGAAAUGAUCAUCUAAGAGAACUAUGUUAUUUUAUGCAGGAUGUAAUGCAAGUUUCUGCAAAUACUAAAAGAGAUGAAAGAACAUGUAAUUCUAAGUAGAAAAUGUUCUAUACACAUAUGCAUUUUAGGGCUUUGUUUACCCAUCAGAGGAGUUGAAAAUGUAUGGGACUUGCAGGUGUACUACGCGUGUAACUAUGAAGUGACAGACAGACAAUUGCAUUGUCACAGCCUUGGAGGUGCCACUUGGUCAAAUUACGAAUGGUUUAAUCUUAUUUUUUGCAAGCCGUGAAAUAUUACAGUAUCUUAUAACAAGACAAAUGGUAUUAAAAAGCAUGUAAUUUACCGAUAAGAAUUACACAACAAUAUUAUUGCGGUGAUUAAAAGUACUCCUGUAAAAUGCUAUGUGGCAUCAUCACUCAGCUGUUUUCAAGGUUGCUCAGACUCACUCCCCCUCUCCUCCCUCACUUCAAUGAUGUAUGUGUAUAGAAAACUUUCUACUUAGAAUUACAUGUUCUUUCACCUCUUUCAGUAUUUCCAGAAACUUGCAUUACACCCUGUAUAUGAUGCACUUGGUAUUUAUUAAGAUUUCCAUAUUUAGAAACUGAUAAUACUAAUAUUUGUUUUGUAUAAGAAAUAAUCACAUGAGUAAUAUAUGUGACUUUACAUAUGAUGUACUUGAUGUUUAUUAAGAUAAUUAGUUAUAGUGGUAAUACUAAUAUUUAUUUUGUUUUGGGUUGGAAUAGGAUUAAGUUUCCAUAUGCCUGUAUAGGAUUUAUUUUUACUAUUUAUGUUAAAACAUGCCGUUUGACCCCUCGAGUUUUAGUUACUUAAGUUGGACAGAUUUUGUAUUUGAGUGUGUUUUGAUAAUAAUUAUUGUAUCUAAGUCUUGUCAAUAAACUAAUUAACUGUGUGUGUAUGUGUGUUUGUGUGUGUGACAGAGAAUAUUUGUACGUAUGUUUACCAUAUCUACAUCACAAAUAUAUACAACCAGAAUAAUCAAAUCACAUCAAAAACACUGCUCACCACUCACUAGCUUGAGGUGACAAACUGCACAUCACUAUAUCACCAUGCAUAAACUAAUGUAAAUAAUGAACUAAUAUUUGGUUUUCCUAUACUUUUCUAUGGAAUCUUUCAUUUUUAACAGUAAAAAAAUUUUUUUGAGAACUUUUUAUGCCAAUAAUUGUACACCAUGGGUAUGACUGCCAGAACCCUACUGCACAGUUUAUGGGUUAAUUGGAUUAAGUCCUGUCUUCUGGGUCCUUUUCUCUAGCGAUAGGUAACACCUACUCUAGGCAUUACCUCAUCACCAGUGGUGUCCCACAGGGUUCUCCUCUCAGUACUCUCCUCUUCAAUGUCUUACAUUUUGACUUUCCCUCCUUGUCAUGCACACAAGCACUCCUAAACACUGAUGACAUUUCCCUGCUUUACUCAGCUUCCAUUAUCCAGGAGGCUCAGCUCCACCUUCAGCAUGGGCUUGAUGACGUCCUGGAUGACACAUUGGGACCUGAUGGUGAGUGCCCAGAAGUCUACCCUUCUAUGCUUCAUCCAAAGGAGCAUUCCGAACAUCCCAAUGCAGUGAUCAAUGGCUCUUCAAAACCCACCACAAGUUCCUUGGUUUAUUGUUGGAUGGCCCCCAUCUAACCUGGGGCUGCCACACACAGUACCUGGUGACCUCGUACAUCAAGAGGAUUAACCUCAUGAAGUCCCAUGCAGGUGUUAAGUGGGGUACAGACAGGUGUACUCUCCCUCACUUUUAUUGUUCUUAUAUCUGGAGUCACCUGGACUACAGAUAUAAGGUUUAUGGAGCGGCCUCACCCUCCAAAAAUUGGAGGAAAUUAGAAAUUCUGCAAGCCGCAUUACUUUGGAAGCUUUUAGGUCCUCCCCAGUUACAGCUCCUCAGGCAGUCCUCCCUAUCCUCACUGUCACACUGAUGCUCCACCAUCCUUGCGUCCACCCAUAGCAGCCAUGCCCUCCACUUCCUCCCCCUCUGAUAGCAUAGGGAACCACUUCAUGGUCUAGCUUAUCAAGUCCACACUCCCUUUGUAGACAGAGCCCUCUCCUUUUUUUGCUACCCUCUGGGUAACCCAACUCUCCUUUUUCACUCUAGAGAAAACCUCCCAUUGAGCCUUUGGCAUCCUCUUUCUUCAAUAAUUUAUCAGGGGUUCCACACACAAAUAACAUGAUUCAAGGCUGGCUGCCCAGCACUGGGCAGGAUCUCAUUCCUGUCCUUACUACACACACACUACAACAACAGUUUACACAUAUACACUGAUGGCUUGUUCCUCCCAUCCCCCUCCCCCCUUCAGUUAGAGCAACCAUCUACAUCCCAACAUUGUCCAUUGCUACUGCCUGGAGGUUGGCAGCCACCACCUCUAUCCUUGCGGCAGAAUUGUUUGCCAUUAAGGAGGGCCUCAAGUUUGCUACCAAUCACACCUCCCUCUUGCUCAGUCAUACUCUUUGCUGAUUCCCUCAUGACCCUCCACCUCAUCCAGUGCCACUCCUGCAAAUCACACUACUCCCUUUGCCUACAAAUACAUCACCUACUAUAUCAACUGUCAGCCUCACAAAUCAACAUCCACCUUCAGUGGAUCCCCUGCCACAUCAGCUUGGCACUGCAGGAAAUACCAUGGUUGACAGAGUGGCAAACGAGGCCUACUCCCACCCCUCUCCCAUAGAUCUUCCCACAGACCAGACUGAUCUACUGACCAACCUAGAGAAGGGCUAUAACUUACACUGGGAAAGACACAUGACAGAUGCCCUACAGUACACAACACUUGGACGCAUCAGACAGGACAUGACACCAUUGGUGGACCCACUUCCCCAGCCAUGUCCUAGACACUGCAGCCACCAGACUCUGGAUAGGACACAACCUCAAUGCCCACAUGCACAGGCUAGGCCUGAUGGAUACUCCUUAUUUUCCCUGGUGCCCCACACAGCCAAUGUUAAUAAUGUUUAAGUUGUGCGUGAACUGUGCUUUAUGGAUAACAUACAUCUUUUGUUUUUUUUGUUUAUGUGAGAGGGCGUGCACUUCUGGUGUCUUAGCUGGAUGUGUAGAUUCUGGUUUUCAUAAAUAAAGCCAAAUGCUGUACA